UGAAAUCGUGCGACGUGACGUGGCAGAAACACGGCAAGGCGUUCAUCGGUUCCAUUACGCGGCUUCUGGAACGACUGCUGGACUAUCGCAACGUCAUGCAAGGACAAGAGAAUCGACACAAGCGAAUGAGCUGCACCUUUAAUCUAUUGAAUUUCUACAAAGACGAGGUUGAUCGGCGUGACAUGUACCUGCGCUACAUCUCACAAGUUGCACGACUCACUUGUCCGCCGACAAUUACACCGAAGCGGCCCUCACACUCCAGUUGCACGCCGGCCAAAUGGGCUGGUCCAGUCAAACGAUGCUGGCCGACGGUCAUCACUCAUCGCAAAUGGAAUGGCAACGCAAAGAGCAAUUGUACAUGAAGAGCAUCGCGUACUUUGACCGUGGCAAGUGCUGGGAAAAGGGCAUUCCGUUGUGCAAAGAGCUGGCCGAUUUUUACGAGACGCGCCUAUACGACUAUGGCAAACUGUCUCAUGUACUGCGCAUGCAAGCUGCAUUCUACGACCAUAUCCUGACCCAGUUGCGGCCCGAACCCGAAUACUCGCGUCGGCUUCUACGGCCAAGGUUUUCCGCUCUUCUUGCGCAAUCGGCUGUUCAUCUACCGCGGUUGGGAGUACGAGCGGAUCGGCGCGUUCACGCAGAGGCUCCAGACCGAGUUCCCCACUGCCCACAUUUUGACGAAGAACACGCCACCGGGUGACGCCAUCCGGACGUCGGAGGGCCAGCACAUCCAGAUCUGCAACGUGAAACCCGUGGCCGAGGAUCACCCCGUCUUCGACGCCGGACUCGUCGGCUUUCACGAGAAGAUACGCAGCUAUUACCGCGUCAACGACGUCCGUCGUUUUCAAUUGGACAGGCCCGUCCAUAAAGGACCGGUCGAUCGAGACAACGAGUUCAAGAGCCUUUGGAUUGAACGCACUUGGCUCGUUAGCGAGCAUCCG